UUUGAUUCUUCUUCGGAUGGUAAGGAAUUGAAAGCUGCCCACAGAAGCUUCAAUGUCAAUAAGGAAUACCUCAGUGCAUUCAGAACCGAAUCAUAUGCUGAUUUCUUCUCAAAAGCUCAAUUGGUUGUAAAUGAGCCAUCUUCUCCAUCUUUCUGCUACAGCAACACCUGUGGAAUUCUUCUAGAGCCUGAACAGGAAACCAUAGCCACAUUGCUUGAAUCAGCAAUUUUUUCAAAGAAACCCAAGCUCAAAAGCCUCUUACAAAAGUAUUUUGACAUCAGUGCAGAAGCUUCAAGAAUUUGCAGCUACCUCUUAGCAAGCAUCAGUCAAAUCCAGUCUCACAACCAAUUUCUUCAACAGGCACUUGAUAGGGAAGGAGAUUAUUCCCCGGAGCAAUUCAAACUUGUCAUUUCAGUAUUAAAUUCAUUUAUUCUACUCGGAAAUCCAUUUUCUAAUCAGAAACAGCAUGAUUUCAAGCCAAUACAUGAUCGGUACUCAUCAAUGUUACACCAACUGAGAUCAAUGAGAAAGAAGGUGACUAGGAAGAUGAAGCUCAUAAAAUAUGCCAAGCAGGCAUCUGGUGUUGGUGUAAUAGCAGGUUGUGGGGUGGUCACAGUCACUGCUGUUAUUCUGGCAACACAUAUCUUACCGGUUCUAGUCAUGGGACCUGCAAUUUUCAGUCUCCCGUUAACAAGUUUGAAGAACAAGCUUUUCAAUUUGGGAUUUCUAAGAAGCAGAUUUCUCAGCAAAGAGUGCGAGCAACUUGAUGUAGCAGCGAAGGGAACUUAUAUUUUGAACAGGGAUUUUGAUACAAUGAGCCGACUGGUUGAGCGUCUUCAUGAUGAGAUUGAACACAACAAAGAAAUGAUACAAUUCUGUCUAGACAGGAGGGAAGAUAGGUUUCCUUUGCAAGAAGUACUGCAAGAGCUCAGAAAGAGCAAUAUCGGCUUUCAGAAGCAAGUAGAAGAGCUUGAACAACAAUUAUAUUUGUGUCUUUUCACCAUUAAUAGAGCUAGAGUUUUGGUGAUGAACGAAAUUGUAUCAUCCUCUGAUGUGAGCUUGGCAUGAUCUUCAUCAAGUAUUGUAUGUUCCAUUCUUGUAUAUAUUUAUUUAUUUUUAAAAUCAUGAAAUGGUCAAAAUUUUAGAGGAUUUA